UCUCUACACUCACUUACUACCAGAAGCUUCUCUCUCAUCCAGAGAGAGAGAAAGAAAAGUGCAACGAGGAAGGUCAAAGAGUAGUAUAAAUAUAUAAAUAGGUUUAACAAGACAUUGUUAUCAUAUCACAGCUGAAUCUCCACCAAUCAACCAUCCAUAUCCAAUCCAAUGCAAGCUGCAGCUUUGGCUGCCAUGGCGGCCCACUCAGUCCUCCUAUCAGCUUCGGCUUCUCCUACCCUCUUCGCCUAUCUCCCAAACUCUCACGACCCACCUCUCCAUUCCUCCUUCCAUGGGGUCUCCCUCAAGCUCGAUCGCCCAACCCAUUUCCGCGCCUUCACUCUCGCUGCCACCACCGCUCCCAAGCCCCUCACUGUCACCGCUGCCGCCGUUGCCACCGCCAAGAAAGCCGUCGCUGUUCUUAAGGGCAAUUCAAAUGUCGAAGGCGUCGUCACCCUGACCCAAGACGGCGACGGUCCCACGACUGUAAAUGUUCGUAUUACUGGGCUUACACCAGGCCCUCAUGGGUUCCACUUGCAUGAAUUUGGUGACACAACCAAUGGCUGCAUUUCCACAGGAGCACAUUUCAAUCCUAACAAACUGACACAUGGUGCUCCGGAAGAUGAAGUCCGUCACGCGGGCGACCUGGGAAACAUAAUUGCCAACGCUGAAGGCGUGGCAGAAGUAACAAUUGUGGAUUCACAGAUUCCUCUGAGUGGUCCUAACUCUGUUGUUGGAAGAGCCUUGGUGGUUCAUGAGCUUGAGGAUGAUCUUGGAAAAGGUGGGCAUGAACUUAGUUUGACCACAGGCAAUGCAGGUGGAAGAUUGGCAUGUGGUGUUGUUGGUUUGACUCCACUGUGAGGACAAUCUAUUGAGAUUCGAGCCUCCGAUGUAUGCUUUCGAUGCAGCCCCGUGUUCGCCUGAACGGCAAUGUAGAACUGUAAUGUGAAACUGUGGAUGUCUGUGAUUUUAGUUUUUCUCUGGUAAUAAAGUUUAAAGCUGCUAAGCUAAGCUAUGUUGUGCCAUGCCUGCUCUAUUAAAUGAAAGCAUUUGAGUUGGAUUUGAA